UAUGUUCCAGUACAUCGUACAUUUCCGGCUGCCAAGCCAGGUCUCAAUGUUCCAAUCGACCUUCCUAGCUUCCAUUUACCCCACCGGAUCGGACUAACGAAUUCACCUUCCACCCGCGGAGUGGAGUCGUGUUCCGGUUCCACUUCGCUGUUCCAGAUGUUCCAGUCGGGCAACGGCGGGUUGGGCGACCUAACAAUUGCUUCCUAGAGCUAACAAAUGUAAGGUACAUUCCCAGGUAAUCGGCAACUAUCACCCAGUCAUAACAGCGUACAUACCAAAGAGCUGGAGGGAAACUAAGGCCGUGCCUGUGGUACCUGGCUACAUUUGAUCAUCUGAAGCUGAUGCCAAGAAUGGAGCGUCGUCUUUGUCUUUGUCAUACUACACCCUCCUUAAUCCGUCGGUCAUAAUAUUCGGUCAAGGGGUAAUAAUUGCCAUUAUACUAUACCAUUAUACUAUUGUUUUCAAGAACUAUCCCGCGGAUUCAGCUCACGUUGUUCACCGGUCAAGUUCGAAGACGCCAGUUAGAAGCAAAGAAAAGAGAACAGCCCACACCAUCGUCAGAGUCUUCGGGGCACGAGGCCAAUCCGUGAUCAUGGAUUGGCUGACCCCCUUGCAGACAUUUGGCACGUCAUAUCUGUAUCCCGCGCUUAAACUGUUGUCGAGGUUGUGCUACCUCGUCACGAUACCUCUACACUAUCCCCUAUACUACCUCCUUUCUCUAGUUGUGUUUCUCCUAUCUCCUAUAUGGUACAUGCUCCAAGCCGUCUCGAACGGUGCCCUGGCUAUUGUGGAUUUAUUUCCUAGGCUUAAGUACCUCUAUAUCUACCUCGCCUGCGCGGCUGUUAUAGGCAUUUGUGCUGGGUGCGUGUUGCAUGGAACGUCGAGCUUCAUCUUUGUCUCGCUGGGCGUCGAUACGUCACGCGACCAGGAUUCAGACUAUCGAAGAUCCAACCUGGGAGAUAUCAGUGACGACGAGUUAGAUUUCGAUAUACCAGAAUCUGGGACGCGGUCAGAGGGAAGCUCCGGUAGACUACCUAGACCUAGUGCGUCCUCACAGCGUGUGAAAUCAAAGCAAGAGAAGGACGAUGCGUAUGAGAUGUUUGAAAGGCAAUGGGAGAAAUUGAGGCCCUCUGACAAGCCCAAGAGACGACGCAGGGGAUUGCUCUCCCAGACAAUACACGAGGAAAGUAGUAGCGACCUCACUUGAUGGCGCGGAAGAGCGGUCUUCAAGUUUGUAGGUAACUCCUCUAUACUGGGGUUGCACAUAGCUAGCAAGCCCCGAUAUGAUAUCAGCCCACGGAACACCUCAUUGUGAUACUGUUAACGAAAUGCAUAGGCAAUCACCAAGUAGCUCUACUUAGUCGAUCUGCAACUCCGGCUGGUCUGUGUUCAAGAGACAUGAUUUUUGAGAAUUGGGUAUUUGCGAAUAAUUAGAGCCGACUUACUAGUUGGUACUAUCGCCGUUGCUUAGGUUAGCAUAUGCUUGGUCAGGAAUCUCUUAUCAGUACAAUGCCCGCAAGAGACUGAACAUCAAGUUUCCUUGAUUCUCACCACAGUACAUAACUUCUAAGGUCAUCUACCUAGUAGUUAAGAUAGCCAUCACCCUACUAGU